CUUUUUAUUAAUACAUAUAUAUAUAUAGAGAGAGAGAAACUUCAGUUGGAAUAAGAUUGGCUGAGGAUGAUCUGUCCAGGUAGGGCAACCCAUGCCUUAUGGAGGAGAUUGGUUUGGUGGGGAACAUUGCUGUGUGGAUUGAGUUCGUCUCAAGAACCUUACACGCCUCACUCCAUCCGGAUAGAGGGAGACCUGACCUUGGGUGGCCUUUUCCCAGUCCAUGCCCGAGGCCCGAAGGGAGUUCCUUGCGGGGACCUCAAGAAGGAGAAGGGGAUCCACAGGUUGGAAGCGAUGCUCUACGCUCUGGACCAGAUCAACAGCGACCCCGAACUUCUGCCCAACGUGACUCUGGGAGCUCGCAUCCUUGACACUUGCUCCAAGGAUAUCUACGCUUUGGAGCAGUCCCUGACCUUUGUCCAGACCCACAUUGACAAGGACACCACUGACGUGAGGUGCACCAACGGGGAGCCACCCAUCUUUGUCAAGCAGGAGAGGAUCAUUGGCGUGGUGGGAGCCUCUUCCAGCUCCGUGUCCAUCAUGGUGGCCAAGAUCCUCAGGCUCUUCAAGAUCCCACAAAUCAGCUACGCCUCCACGGCCCCAGAAUUGAGCGACAACGCCAGCUACUCCUUCUUCUCUCGGGUGGUGCCCCCGGACUCCUACCAGACCCAAGCGAUGGUGGACAUUGUCAAGGCCCUGGGGUGGAAUUACGUCUCGACCCUCGCUUCCGAGGGCAGCUACGGGGAGAGCGGAGUCGAGGCCUUCGUACAGAUGUCCAGGGAAGCCGGUGGGAUCUGCAUUGCUCAGGUUCUGAAGAUCCCGACCGACCCGAAAAGGGUCGAUUACGAUCGGAUCAUCAAACGCCUCCUCGACACGUCCAACGUCCGCGGCGUGGUGAUCUUCGCCAACGAAGAUGACAUCAGACAGGUGCUGGCAGCAUCCAGCAGAGCCAACAAGGCGGGGCACUUUGUGUGGGUGGCCUCCGACAGCUGGGGCUCUAAGAGCUCUCCGGUGAAACAGCAGAGCGACGUGGCAGAGGGCGCCGUGACCAUCCUGCCCAAGAGGGCCUCGGUGGAAGGUUUUGACGAGUACUUCACCGGACGGACCCUGGAGAACAACCGCAGGAACGUCUGGUUUGCCGAGUUCUGGGAGGAGAAUUUCGACUGCCAGGUCACCCGGACGGGAUCCAAGAAAGACACGGCGAAAAAAUGCACCGGUAAAGAGAGGAUUGGUUCAAGCACCCAAUACCAGCAGGAGGGGAAGGUGCAGUUUGUAAUUGAUGCUGUCUAUGCCAUGGCUCACGCACUACACAACAUGCACCGAGACUUCUGUCCAGGCUACAUUGGCAUCUGUCCUGCCAUGGACCCUGUCAAUGGCGAGGAUUUCCUGAGAUACAUCCGCAGCGUCCAAUUCAAUGGCAGUGCUGGGACCCCAGUGAAGUUCAAUGAGAAGGGCGAUGCCCCCGGCCGCUAUGACAUCUUCCAGUACCAGCUCCGAGGGAACAACACCUGGGAUUACAGGGUCAUCGGCCAGUGGACAGACCAUCUCCAGCUCAACAUGGAGGAUCUGCAGUGGGCCGGGGGGAGCCGGGCGGUGCCAACCUCGGUGUGCAGCCUGCCCUGCCGGCCGGGCGAGCGCAAGAAGCUGGCGAAGGGCGCGCCGUGCUGCUGGCAGUGCAAGCCGUGCGGCGGCUACCAGUACCAGCGCGACGAGUUCACCUGCUCGCUGUGCAGCUACGACACGCGGCCGAACGCCACCGGCACGGGCUGCAGCCGCAUCCCGGUGGUCAAGCUGGAGUGGCACUCGGCCUGGGCCGUGGGGCCGGUGCUGCUGGCCGUGCUGGGCAUCGCGGCCACGGGGAUGGUGGCGGCCGUCUUCGUGCGUCACAACGACACUCCCAUCGUGCGGGCCACCGGGCGCGAGCUGAGCUACGUGCUGCUGGCCGGCAUCUUCCUCUGCUACGUCAUCACGUUCCUGAUGAUCGCCGAGCCCGACGUGGGCGUCUGCUCGUGCCGCCGCCUCUUCCUGGGCCUGGGCCUGUGCGUCAGCUACGCGGCCCUGCUGACCAAGACCAACCGCAUCUACCGCAUCUUCGAGCAGGGCCAGCGCUCGGUCACGCCGCCCCGCCUGAUCAGCCCGGCCUCGCAGCUGGCCGUCGCCUCCAGCCUGAUCUCGGUCCAGCUGCUCGGCGUGCUCGUGUGGUUCGGCCUCGACCCGCCCCACGUCGUGGUGGACUACGACGAGCGCAAGACGGCUGACCCCCGGCAGGCCCGGGGGGUCCUGCGCUGCGACAUCACCGACCUGCAGAUCAUCCUGUCGCUGGGCUACAGCAUCCUGCUCAUGGUCACCUGCACGGUCUACGCCAUCAAGACCCGCGGCGUGCCCGAGAACUUCAACGAGGCCAAGCCCAUCGGCUUCACCAUGUACACCACCUGCAUCGUCUGGCUGGCCUUCAUCCCCAUCUUCUUCGGCACGGCCAAGUCGGCGGAGAAGUUGUACGUACAGACCACUACCUUAACCAUAUCCAUGAACUUAAGUGCUUCGGUGGCUCUGGGCAUGCUCUACAUGCCCAAGGUUUACAUCAUCAUCUUCCACCCGGAGCAGAACGUCCAGAAGAGGAAACGCAGCUUCAAGGCGGUGGUGACAGCCGCCACUAUGUCCUCACGCCUCUCCCACAAGUCCGCCGAUCGACCCAACGGCGAGGCCAAGACAGAGCUGUGCGAGAACGUAGACCCCAACACCCACGGUCACUGCGACACUCUCAAACCAGCCAGAGAUACUCAGAACAAAGCCCUCAUUCCUGAACAAGGCCCCCCAGCAAAAAAGAAGUACGUGAGCUACAACGACCUGGUCAUCUAAACUGUCGGCUCCGGGAACGGACAGCGUAUAUCUGCACAUCUCCUCAUUCAUCUGGUUUCAGGCCUCAAUGUGUCCUCCUGCUCACGCGUGGAGACAGACAGACAGACAGAGGGAGGCAAAGAGGGGGUGAGUUUUCAGGACGGAAACGAGAAAGGAAACAAAACGAAAGUAAUCGAGAACCCAGAAGAGGAAAAUGAAAAAUCCCGUUGCUAUAGUUUGUGACGUUUUGAGUAGUUGCAUCUCUGUCGCUCUGUUUUUACCUGUGCUUCCUGAAUGCGAUGACACUUAUUUAAGUCUUAAGUCUUGGAGAUUUCCUGUUUAGUCAGAGGUUUAUGUCUUGUUCUGCUCUCUCCCUCGCCCCCACCACUCCC